ACAGAGGAACAACAAAUUAGAGAGAGCUUCUGUGCAAGUGAAGUGAAGCGCGGCCGAUUUUUCUUCUCUAUCUGCUAUGAAUGCUAAAAACUAACUGCGACCCAGAAAUCAGAGAUAACUCUUCUUCCAUUGUUGAGAGCUUUUUUUCUCUUUUCCUUCGGAAGAUUGCUCCCCAUUUCCAUCUUUCUCUCUGGGGGUUCAACGGUUCUUUUACUUUCACCACUGGGCUUUUGUUGCGACUUCUGCUGUUGUUGAUGAUGGUGGUGAUGAAGAUGGCGUUGGAGAUGUUUUUGAUGGAUUCCCAUUGAAGAUUUCGUCGCUGUAAUCUUAUUUUCCCUUCUACUUCUUUAAUGGGUUUUGUUUAGUUUUGGAGAAAAUUUUGGGGAAACGAAGAAUGGCGACUCCGAAUCCGGUAAUGGGUCGAGCGAGCUUCAUUUCCUUGUCGUUUUUCCUCUUGUCUUUUCAACUUGUCCAAAAAACUGAAAGAAAGGGGUUUAUAUGGGGAAAUCGUGUUUAAUCCACUGAGUUUUGGCGUUGGAUCUUGAGAGAUAUGGACAACGAAGGAAUAGCUCAGAAAAGUAAUAAAUCUGGUGAAACAGAUUUUGUGUUGCAGUGGGGGAAUAGGAAGAGGAUGAGAUAUAUGAAGGUCAAGGAACCUGAAAGAGUAACUAGCAAACCUGAUUGUUUGGGAAAGAAGAAAGUUUCUUCUAAUGCUAAUGGUGAUCGCCGUGUUGUUUCAGCUGAGAAAGCUUCAUCUACUCCGCAAAACUAUCGCCUUAACAAGAAUGUUGUUUUGCCAACAAACAACCAAAGAACAUCAGCAACAUCACCCGAAAAGGAAGACCGAUACUACACAACAAGGGGUUCGAUGGGCGUGGAUGAAAAAGCCUCAUUGGAUCAGCCGACAGGGAACGACCGAAAAGGGUUUGUCUGGCCAAGGCUCUUUCUUUCUCUGUCCAGCAAGGAGAAGGAAGAAGAUUUCAUGGCCAUGAAAGGGUGUAAACUUCCUCAAAGGCCUAAGAAGAGAGCCAAGCUGCUACAGAAAAGCUUAGUUCUGGUGAUGCCAGGCUCAUGGCUAUCAGACUUGUGCCAAGAGAGGUAUGAGGUGAGGGAGAAGAAAACUUCAAAGAAGAGACCUAGAGGAUUGAAGGCCAUGAGAAGUAUGGAUAGUGACUCAGAAUGACUGAAUCAAUAAGAGACACAAAUAGAGACCAUAUGGAUAUAAUAACCAUAACCCACUUGUUUGGUAGCCAUAUUUUGGAUAAACAAAGAGAGAGAGAGAGAGAGAGAGAGAGAGAGAGAGAGAGGCCAGAGGGAUAGUGGACUUUUGGUGGGUUUUUUUUUUGGGUUGAAAUUGAUUGGGCACUUUUCAGAUUUGAGAUGUAAGUCAGAGUCACUCAAUUUGUUCUAUUGGCUAAUUUGAGUAAAUUUAGUUUGGAAGAGCACGAAUGAUUCUAGUUUUUUUUCAUCUUCAUUGGUGGAUUCUGACAAUUGUACCGUUUACUUCUUUUACAAGUCAUGCUUGGGUUGCUGCUUCCUUUCCAAGU